AUGCGUGCUUGUCUGCUUCUUCGCCGUCGCCUCUGCUCCUCGGCCAAACCCCCCUGUGCUCUGGGACACAUCUCCGACUACGCUCCCCGGUCCAAUCCACUCGCGCGACCGUACUCCACCUGCUCGUCAUCAACAGAGCCGAAGAAGGCGUCCUCUUUCUGGACAAUCACAUUCACUCUGUUGGCCGUUGGCGGAAGUGCUUGGCUCCAGGAUAAAUACUUCAAUUCCAAGCAAGACUCGUCCGCAAUCUCUCCCUCGUGCCCCCCUCCGCAAGAACCGUUCCUCGGAGUCAUCGACACUCUCAAGACCAUGCCCACUGAACCCGCCCCCGGCACCAUCGGGAACCUCACCCCUGAGCAAGAGGUCAAGCUCCAGGAGUUUUGGGUCCUCGCCCUCAAGGUCUUUGGGGUGAAUCUGGACGGCCUCGAGCCCGCUGGCAAGGCCAAGGGCACCGGCGACGCUGCGCCCCCCAGCCCGACUCAGGAUAAGAAGAAGUCCAAGCGCCGGUGGGGGCUCUGGGGUCGCGGUAAUGAUGAUGAUGAUGACACCAAGAGCGUUGCGUCAGAGGACGGCAUCGCCUCGAGCUUGGCCUCGAUCAACAUCACCGAUGGAGACGACAAGUACGGCCAGUCCAAGGAAUUCCAACAAGCCCUAAUGGACCUGUCGCCGGAGGAGAUCAGAACCGCCUUUUGGAACAUGGUGAAGCAUGACAACCCGGACGCUCUGCUGCUGCGGUUCCUGCGUGCACGCAAGUGGGAUGUCAAGAAGGCUCUGGUCAUGUUUAUCUCCACGAUGCGGUGGCGGUUACAGGACGUGCAUGUCGACGACGAUAUCAUGGCCAAUGGCGAAGCCCUUGCUCUAAAGCAGUCCAAGAGCUCCGACCCGGCCGAGAAGAAGAAGGGCGAGGACUUUUUGUUCCAGAUGCGCAUGGGCAAGAGUUUCCUGCACGGCGUCGACCGCUUCGGCCGUCCGAUCUGUGUUGUCCGCGUGCGGCUACACCGCGCAUCCGAUCAGGACGUCGAGGCGCUGGAGCGGUUUACAGUCUACACCAUUGAGACGGCGCGCUUGUUGCUGGCGCCUCCCGUUGAGACGGCGACAAUUAUCUUCGAUAUGACCGACUUUGCAUUGGCCAACAUGGACUAUACCCCCGUGAAAUUUAUGAUCAAGUGCUUCGAAGCCAAUUACCCCGAGUCCUUAGGAUCCGUGCUCAUCCACAAAGCGCCUUGGAUUUUCUCCAGUAUCUGGAGCAUCAUCAAGGGCUGGCUCGAUCCCGUAGUGGCCGCCAAGAUCCACUUCACCAAAAACCGCGAAGAUAUCGAAGCCUUCAUUCCCCCGGACCGCAUCAUGAAGGAGCUCGAAGGCGACGAGAACUGGGAAUACAAGUAUGAGGAAGUCAAGGAGAAGGAGAACCCUCUAAUGGAAGACACGGGAUCCCGGGACGAGUUGAUCACCCAGCGCCAGGCGCUCGCCAAGCAAGUCCAGGACAUUACGCUGGAGUGGAUCCGCGCCAGCUUCAAGAAGGAGACCGAUGCUGCGUCUGCUGCGCAGGAGAAGCGCAACGGUUUGGUCGAUCAGCUGCGCAAGCAAUACUGGGAGCUCGACCCGUAUAUCCGGGCUCGGUCUCUGUAUGACCGAACCAAUGUGAUCAAGGAUAACGGGAAGAUCGAGUUCUAUCCGGGUGCUGGGCAGAAAGAUGACAAGGCAGGAAAGAAGGCCAGCACUGAAGCAACUGCAUGA